GCCAAGAUGGCGGCGAGCGCGGCCCCGGCGGGCGGCGGGUCCCUGUUCGAGUGCCCGAGCUGGGCAGGGAAACCACCACCUGGCUUACAUCUGGAUGUAGUCAAAGGAGACAAACUCAUUGAGAAACUCAUCAUUGAUGAGAAGAAAUACUAUCUCUUUGGGAGAAAUCCUGAUCUGUGUGAUUUUACCAUUGACCACCAGUCUUGCUCUCGGGUCCAUGCUGCCUUGGUCUAUCACAAACAUCUCAAGAGGGUUUUCCUCAUAGAUCUGAACAGCACACAUGGCACAUUCUUGGGCCACAUCCGUUUGGAAGCUCACAAGCCCCAGCAGAUCCCCAUCGACUCCACGGUUUCCUUCGGCGCCUCCACGCGCGCCUACACCCUGCGGGAGAAGCCCCAGACGCUGCCCUCGGCAGUGAAGGGGGAUGAGAAGAUGGGUGGUGAGGAUGAGGAGCUCAAGGGUCUGCUGGGGCUGCCCGAGGAGGAGACAGAGCUGGAUAAUCUGACAGAAUUUAAUACAGCCCACAACAAAAGGAUCUCCACACUGACCAUUGAGGAGGGGAACUUGGACAUCCAGAGGCCAAAGCGAAAGCGGAAGAACUCCAGAGUGACGUUCAGUGAUGAUGAUGAGAUCAUCAAUCCAGAGGACGUGGACCCAUCUGUGGGGAGGUUCAGGAACAUGGUACAGACAGCAGUGGUCCCUGUUAAGAAGAAGCGCCUGGAGAACGCGGCCGCGCUGCCCACGGACGAGUCGGCGUCGCGGCGCAUGCAGAGCUUCCCCUACAGCGGGGGCCUCUAUGGGGGGCUGCCCCCCACCCACAGCGAGGCCGGCUCGCAGCCCCACAGCGUCCACGGCACCGCGCUCAUCGGGGGGCUGCCCAUGCCCUACCCCAACCUCGCCCCCGAUGUGGACUUGACUCCAGUCGUGCCCUCCACAGUGAACAUGAACCCAGCUCCAAACCCCGCUGUCUUCAACCCCGAAGCUGUGAAUGAACCCAAGAAGAAGAAAUACGCCAAGGAGGCCUGGCCGGGCAAGAAGCCGACCCCGUCCCUGCUGAUCUGAGCUGGGCUGAGGGAGGGUAGGAGUCACAACUCCAGAAACUUUUCAUGUCUGGUAUCGUCUUUUUAAAAUUUCAGUGUCCUAACACAUGUAAUACCAAGAUUGGAGGAGUGAAAUAUCCUUUAAAGAUCUGUCUUCAAAUGUUUUUAUAUGUCUGUUAUAAAAAAAAAAGAAAAUACA